AGCAGCCAUCUUUGUUGUUAGCCGUGUGGAGUUCUUCGAGAGGAACUUUGCUUCUUGCGAGUGUUCUCCGAGGACCCCAUACCCUCCCGACGGGAAAUGAGGCGUGAUUUCGUCAAACUCGAGUUGAACAGGGCCUCGUGGGAGGUUCCCUCUUGUUAUGUCAAUCUCCAGGCCAUCGGGGCUGGGGCGUACGGCCAAGUCUGUUCGGCUUUCUGCGUGAAACGGAACGAAUCCGUCGCUAUCAAAAAGCUCUCCAGGCCUUUCCAGAGCGCAGUUCAUGCCAAACGCACAUACCGGGAAAUUUUCCUGCUCCGACACAUGCAUCAUGAAAACGUUAUUGGACUGCUCGACCUCUUCUCACCGGCGACAAACCUAGCUUCAUUCCAGGACGUCUAUCUCGUCAAUCACAAGAUGGGGUCAGAUCUGAACAACAUCAUCAAAACUCAGAAACUGCACGAAGAGCACAUCCAAUUCCUGGUUUAUCAGAUUCUUCGAGGUCUGAAAUAUAUACAUUCGGCAGGAAUCAUUCACAGGGAUCUGAAACCCUCGAACAUCGCGGUGAACGAAGACUGCGAAUUGAAAAUCCUCGAUUUCGGACUUGCGCGACAGGCCGAGUUCGAAAUGACAGGUUACGUCGCCACACGGUGGUACCGGGCGCCGGAAAUCAUGCUCAACUGGAUGAGAUAUUCACAAACCGUUGACAUCUGGUCCGUCGGCUGCAUUAUGGCGGAGCUCAUUACGUCGAAAACUCUGUUUCCAGGGAAUAAUCACAUCCACCAGCUCAAUGUCAUCAUCAAGCAUCUCGGAACUCCGUCUCAAGAGUUCAUAAAUCGGAUUCAAUCUGAGAGCGCACGCGAAUAUAUCCGUAAACUACCGCAAGUGAAGAAGAAGGACUUUAAGCAAUUGUUCAGCGGGUCGAGCCCUGCAGCGAUCGACCUCAUGGAAAAAAUGCUCGAGCUGGAUGCUGACAAAAGACCGACCGCGGCUGAAGCCCUUCAACACCCUUACCUUGAUAAGCUCCACGAUCCUGAGGACGAACCAACGGCCAUACCAGUUGAUAUGACUUUCGAGGACCAAGACCUCAGCCUCGAACAAUGGAGAAUGAUGUGCUAUGAGGAAGUAUGCGGAUUCGUGCCACAUCAACCACCAGUGGAGAUUUGACGAUUUCAACAGACGGAACUUUGGGAAGUUCCUCCACUGGGAGCAGCAAACUUGCCAGAACUUUGUUGAAAAUCGAGUCUGCCGCCAAAUAAUGUGUAAAUCCCAAUGAGCAGCAAGAUGCUCUGUGUAUAGAACGUGAAGAGGACGAUUCCGUCCCUGAGGAAUCCUCCACGAGCCUGGACUCAUUUUCGCGGUCUCGGGGCGCGGAGGAAAGAGGAGGGUGCGAGCUUAGACAAAUCGGAAGAAUAAAUUCCGGUUUCACCGGGAGCCUCGGCUUGGG